AGCUAGGAGCCGUCUUCCUGUCUCCCCGGUGCUGGGAUCACAAGCGUGUACUAGCAUGCCUGGCUGAGUCACAUGACUAACUGAAAGCCAUCCAAUAGGAUCUGUGGGGUUUUCAGCAGUCAGGGUCUAUGGGAAAUGUAGGUUUGGCUGAAAAGGGACCAGGCUGUUGAAGUAUCUAGGGAAGGAAGGGACCCAGAAGGCUUCUAUAAGAUGGUGAGUCUGAAACGACAUGCCCUAUCUGCCACCCACAGCUGAGUACCAGAAGCGACAGGGUCAAGACCACCUCAAAGCCAACCUGAAAUUUAUGACCAGUGUGAGAAGCACCGUGCCAGAGUCUGUGACGCAGCAGAUUCUGCAGCAGAACCAAGGCCGCAAAGCCUGUGACCGGCUGGUGACCAAGACGAAGAAGAAGAAGAAGAAGGCUGAGGGCACUGUGUUCACUGAAGAAGACUUCCAGAAAUUCCAGAGGGAAUAUUUUGGCAGUUAGGCUUCCUGUCCUGGACAAAAGGCACUACCUCCUUUGACUGUCAUACCUCUGCUGUCCCUGCAGUGCUGUGCCAUGGGUGGCCAGUAGGUGGCAGUGCAAAUCCAACCUGGUUCCAGAACCCCAAAAUCUGCUAUCUCAGGGCCACCAGAACAGAGCUGCAAGCCCAGCAGCAGAUUUGCCCUCAAGUUGAGGCAGGCAACUGCUAUUUUGGGCAGAAUCACUAGUACCAUGCCAGAAAAGAUUCUGACCUCUUAUCUUUGACCAGGAUUGGGUCCCAGGUCUAUUAGCUGUGAAACAGGGCCGGGAACUUG